AUGAUUCUCAUUAUGUUCGUUACCAUUAUUGGUCUUCUAUUAACGAUAAAUUCUCAUGUAUUAUCAGUAGAUGAAAUUCCUAGAAAUGAAAGGAAUGACUAUGGAAUGCUAUCAAUUAAUCGAGCACGAUUAAUUAGCACUAUUUUCGAAGCACCAUUUAUGAUGCUGAAACACAAUCACAAUGAAACAUUUUCGGAACAAACUAUCGCUCAAGGAACAGUCCUUGAUCCAUCAAUGGUCGAAGGUUAUUGUGCGGAUUUAGCAUAUACAAUAUGUCAUGAAAGAUUGAACAUUUCCUAUAAAUUUCUCAUCGAGACUAAAUAUGGUCAUCGAGCUACCAAUGGAGUAUGGACUGGUAUAAUGGGUGCAUUGAUAAACCACAAAGCUGAUUUAGCAAUAGCACCACUUAUCGUUAAUACUGCACGUGAGAAAUUAGUAGACUUUACUGUGCCGUUUAUGACCUCUGACAUGUCGAUGAUAAUGUUAAAGCCUGCCAAACAAAAACCGGACUUAUUCUUCUUCUUAUUUCCAAUGUCUAAAACAGUAUGGUUUUGUGUUCUUCUUUCUUAUAUUCUUGUUAGUAUUAUCUUAUUAUUUAUUAAUCGAAUUAUAAAUUAUGAAUAUUAUCCUCAAAACAACUAUGAUACAUUGUCCAUGUGCACUGCUCUUUGUUUUCCAUUGACUUAUUUGAUGCAUUGGAAUAUCUCUCGCUCAACUGCAGGCCGUGUUGCUAUUAGUGCUUGGUGGUUAUUUUGUCUAAUUUUCUUCGCAAUAUAUAUUGCUAGUUUGAUCGCAUUAUAUCCUUUUUCAUCAAGAAUGAUAUCACCUAUAGAAUCGCUAGAAGAUCUUUCGAAACAAAUAACAAUUCGAUACGGAAUAUUAAAAGAUAGUUCAACCAUGAAUUUUUUCAGUAAGUCAAAUAAUGAUAUUAUUCAAAAUAUGUGGAAUUUCAUGCAAAAGCACAAAGACGAUGCUUUCGUAACAUCAUACCGUGUCGGAAUUGAAAAAGUACGACAGUCAAAAGGAAGAUAUAUCUUUCUUGCAGAAUCUACAUUUAGUGAAUAUAUUAGUGAACGUCUUCCUUGUGAUAUAAUGACUAUUCGUGUGGAUAUUAAUUCGAAAGAAUAUAGUAUCGUAACACCAUUAAAAUCUGACCUACGUAAAGCAAUUAAUGUUGCCACACUCGAACUUCAUGAGAACGGUUUUCUUAAACGACUCAAACAGAAAUGGUUCUAUGAAAGAUCCGAAUGUACGAAUUUACAAACAAAAAAUGAUUUAAGAUCAAUGAUGCAAUUAAAUUCAUCUAAUAUGGCGGGUGUCUUUUAUGUAUUGAUUUUUGGUCUCGGCCUUGCUAUAAUUAUUGCAUUUUUCGAGUUUUUAUCUACAGCAAAGCAUGAUUCAAUUCGUUUAAAACAAAAUUUAGGCAAAGUGAUGUGUGACAAUCUACGUAACUCGAUUAAAAGUGGAAAUAUAAAGCAAAAUACAAAUUCAUCAAAUAUGCCAGAUGUAAUGGAAGCAUCGAAAAACAACAAAGAGAUACUCAUCGACGAGGAUCGCACGUUAGUUGUUACAUAA